CGCUGAGAGCGCUCCACGUCCUGCACGCGCUGCUGCUGUGUGUCUGUUUGAACCGGAGGACGACCGACAGCGAAAAAACUACCGUCCGUCCGUUUCGUCCGUGAAUGAACGCGCACCGUGACGCCCGCAUGCCACUCCUCCAUCACCCGAGUUUGACUCCCGCGGUCUAUCGGAUCCUCGGGGACGCCGCUAUUCAGCGCAACCGACGUCGAGCCUGAUUUUCUGCCUCCUAACAGCAUCACCGGUCCACUGCACUCCUGAGAAGCCUUGCCGCUCUCCUCAGGCGUUUCUUCCUCCUCGCUGGCCGAUCCCUUGACUCCAACUCCCAGAUAACCUGUGGGCAUCACUCUGUACGCUCGGAAGCUCGGUGGCCGACGGACUGAAUCGGGUGCUUUACGCACCGCCUGUCAUUAGAGGCUCUGUAGGAAAAGAUCAGCGUUUUCCAUCCACUGAAGAAGCCAUGAUCAUCUGGUCCUCUCAUGGCCGUGCUACCGUCAGCCUCCUCCACUCCCAGUCGGUGCUCCUUCUGACCCUGGUGCUGCUGCUCUGCCCGGCGGGCCGAGUGGCGGGUCAGAGUCAGACCCAGUCGCCUGCCCAGGUGCUCCAGGACCUGCUGUCCCGCUACGGAGACAACAGCACCAUCUCAGUGCCUCAGCUGCGUGCUCUGCUAGCGGUCCUGAGCCAGGGCGAAAAUCAGGAAAAGGACGCCGACAGCAGUACGCCGGAGACGACCACAAGCACACCUCCAAAAUCCAACAGCUCCAAGUGCUUGCCCGCGGACACGCUGGCUAUUUACAGCAUCAGCGAGCAGUCGCGGCUGGACAGUCGGGGUUUACAGGAGCUGUGUCCCACCAUGCUGCAGCAGCUGGACGCCGGCAGCUGCAGGGCACAAAAAGAGGAGGAGGCGAGCAGCGACGCCUCGCCCAGACCAUCAGACGGUGAAGUGUGGGGCUAUGGGAUCCUGUGUGUGACACUGAUCUCUCUGUGUUCGUUGGUUGGGGCCAGCGUGGUGCCCUUCAUGAAGAAAACCUUUUACAAGCGACUGCUGCUCUACUUCAUAGCCCUGGCCAUUGGCACGCUCUACUCCAACGCCCUGUUUCAGCUCAUCCCAGAGGCCUUUGGUUUUGACCCUAUGGUGGACUUCUACGUAUCCAAGUCUGCAGUGGUGUUUGGAGGAUUUUAUCUCUUCUUCUUCACUGAAAAAGUCCUCAAGGUGCUUCUCAAGCAAAAACAAGGGAGUCACGGUCACAGUCACUACCCCGGUGCAGAUCGAUACUCGACGCCCAGCAGCGACGUGGAGGAAGGUGAGAAGGAGAAGCUGCAGCAGAACGGAGAAGCCAGCAGUCUGGCUCUGGGGAAGGUGGAUGCAGGGGAAGGAGAGCUGAUGCUUAGCCCCGCUCAAACACCACAGGAUUCCCAGAGCCCGGACAGCGGCGGUCGGUCCGGCAGCAGCGGCGGCGGCUGCUACUGGCUGAAGGGUACGACCUACUCUGACAUCGGCACGCUGGCCUGGAUGAUCACCCUCAGCGACGGCCUCCACAACUUCAUCGACGGUCUGGCGAUCGGAGCCUCCUUCACCGCCUCCGUCUUCCAGGGCAUCAGCACCUCUGUGGCCAUCCUGUGUGAGGAGUUUCCCCACGAGCUGGGAGACUUUGUGAUCCUGCUGAACGCCGGGAUGAGCAUCCAGCAGGCGUUGUUCUUCAACUUCCUGUCGGCCUGCUGCUGCUACCUGGGGAUGGGCUUCGGCAUCCUGGCCGGGAACAGCUUCUCCCCCAACUGGAUCUUCGCCCUGGCAGGAGGAAUGUUCCUCUACAUCGCUCUGGCAGACAUGUUUCCGGAGAUGAACGAGGUGAGUCGUGAGGAGGAGGACGCCGGUGGCAGCAGCUUCCUGCUCACCUUCGCCAUCCAGAACGCCGGCCUGCUGACGGGUUUCUCCAUCAUGCUGCUGCUCACCACGUACUCCGGUCAGAUCCAGCUCGGCUAGCGGGACGGUUCGGACCCAAACAGAGGCUGAAACUCUCGGCUUUCAAGACCCUGGAGUUCUGGGGUUUGUUGUCGUAGCUGUGCGGCCGGUACGCACACAUCUGGAAACAGCUGCUGCUCCUCAUGCAGCAGAUCUGAGGGCCUUCAUCCUCCACCUCCUCCUCAAACAACCGAAACAGAGACGUGACGUGCAAUACUCCUCCAGUCACAUAAUCCCGUGUCCUCGUCCCCUCACUGAGCCUGUUGAGAUUCAGAGAAUUUAAACCGCUGAUCCUCUGUGAAAAGCACAAUCAGGUAACAGCAGCUUCCCCUCGUUUAGUUUCCAUUCCUUUACCAAAAACUUCAAACUGGAAUUAUUAUCUUCAACAAACCGACUCCCAGCUGAACUCUCGUUUGUUGAUUUUCUAUUUUUUUACCUUCGAAGACCAAAUACCGGGCGGACCGCUGAAGGGCUACACGGUUUCCUAGAGGCUCGGACCUGUAGAGCGAUGACUUUAUCCGUUUUAUCAACAACACCCAGUUUACCAUCUGUGCCCUUCAUUAUUACAGCGUUUUAAUAGCUCUAGCUUUUUUUAUUCCUCUUAACUCUCAAAGUGCAGAUUAGUGGUCUUUGCACAUCCCAUCAACCAUUUCCCCCCCAGAACAGUUUAUUCUUUUACAGCCUCGUCAUGGUUUUACGCAGAAUACUGUAUGCUGAGUCAUGAUAAGCAACGCACACUCAUGUUUUUCAUCAAUAAGAAGAUCUUGUUACUUAGGUUGUUGUAGCAAAAUCCAGCUCUCUCUGAGGUACGUGGACAAAAGUAUGUGGAAACGACGAUUUUGGGCUUUUAUUUUGGCGAAAAGUCAAGUUUGCCACUGUUUUCUGUUCAAAUUAACGAGUUAAGCGUCUGUUUUUGAUGAAAACUAGACCAAACAAUGACACAUGUGAAGACUUUCUGAUUAUCUGGAUGGAAAUAAUGCAAAAAUAUCUUCAUCUAAGUCACAGCAACUGACAAACACAGUCUGCUUAACCCUCCUGUUGUCUUCAUUUACAGGCACCAAAAAAUAUUGUUUCCUUGUCUGAAAAAAAUCCAAAAAUUCAGGAAAAAAAUUCCCAAAAUUUCUGAAAAUUUGCAAAACCUUCAGAAAGAAAAUUCCAAUAAUUCCUCAAAAGUUUUAUUUUAAAAAAUCCCCCAAAUUCUCAGGAAAAUUCUUGUCAAUAUUUUUUAAAAUGAGUAAAAAUCUUUAAAAAAAAUCAUUUUUAUUAUUGUUUUUAUUCUGUUUUGGUCCAAGUGGACCAAAUGAAUGAUUUCAUGAUUGAAAUAUGUUUAUUUUUCACUUUAUAGCAGAUUUUGAACCUUUUUCUAAUCGAUUUGUUGACAUUUUUCCACUCUUUUCCUCCAAGUUUGCAUCACCUCUUGUUUGACAUUAUCAGUGAUAAAUAGCUUGGGCUAGUAAUAUAAACAUUACAAUUUCUUUUAAAGUAUAAAAGGUAGCUUCAAAAUUUAAAUGGAAUGAUAUCAAAAACAUGUUUGUUAAGGAAUAGCUGGAAAAUGAAAUGAUAAAAACCACCACAGUGGCUCAUUUUUGACCCACUUAUGCAUCUAAGGGUUAAAUUAAGCAUCAAAUCUAUCAGACUUCUGUUGUGGAGCAAAUAAAAGGUCAUUUUAAGCUAAAAUUUUACAGUUAUCUUUGUAAAUAUACACUACAACCGUCACUCCUGUGUUCUAAUGCUACAUUGUUAGCGAAGGAAACCCUUGUGCAGUCAUGGAAAACAUGAAAUUAUCUGGGUCUCCCCAAACAGUUGAACGGUUGUGGAGGUAUUUUCUACCAUUUUCAGGCAAAUUUAAGGUGUUGGAGCAGAAAUUUGAGGAAGAAUCAGAAGAUUUUAGAUGAAAUAAUUCAUCUUUUUAAAAUUUCCUUGAUUCUAAAAUCUGACACUAGAAGCGUCGAUGAUGUAGACGAAGUGUUUGGGUGUCCGCAUACUUUUGUCCACGCAGAGCAGUUGAAACCUCGGAGAAAAAGGGUUUACGGUGUGAAACGUUUGUUUCCUGGAGCCUUCAGGGGACCAGUCUGUCGUGUUUUUGUGUCAUCGCUGCUUUCACUUUAACAAACUCUAUUUUUUUAGCGCUGUUAAGGAUGAAAACAAGCAUUUACAACUGAAGAAAAUAACCUUUAUUGUUCUCUUACAGAUGGAUUUCAACAGAGAUUUAAGCUGAAACUGUUCCUUUAGAUUCAAAAUAUCAUAGAUUAGAGCUGUAGAAUUUUAUUUAUUAGAUGUAGAAACUGGAACUCUUUAUAGGUUUGAACUAAUUAUUCCCUGAAGGAGAAGGCAAGCCAUUGAAGCGGUGGAGUUACUGCUGCUGGAUUUGUACCACAUGUGGGGUUAUUUAUUGUUGUUUAAGCCAUAAAAUAUUUAUUUUUCUGAUUUCCGCUCAGCUUUACGCCACAAAUCAUGAAAACACAGAUGAAAUCCAGCUUUUUUUUGUGUGUUUGUCUUUUUCUGUUACUGUUUUAUUUGGGGUAAACGGGACAGCUGACAGAUUAAAGCAUCGGUAAAUUGUACAUUUUAAGGUUAUAUUUAAAAACUGAAGCCACACUGACAACAGUUAAUGAUCCUCUGAACCUCAGAUAGUAAAUUAAGGAGCACACAGACAAUAAAACGUUUUUAUUGGUGCAUUUAAUUCCUGUUUCAGCUUCACAAACAAACCGAUGAACGACUCUCCAGAGGUUUUAAUUCAUCGUUUCGACGCUCGGACUCGUAUCGCGUCACUUUGAAGAAUAUCGUACCCAAAUGUAAUUAAUGGGAAUCCUCGUUAGCCUUCUGUGUGUCAUGGAAAAGUUUUUAUAAACAUCCUUUUCUAAGAAAA